AUGGCAGAAGAGCAAGAUGCCACUGCCAGCGUCGAUACUGGUUCCACCCAUGAAACAUCAGGCCAAUCUGCAGCUACUCCGUCGGCAUUCAUUGUUGAAUGCAGACGCUAUACUGACCUCGAGCUCGCGCGAUCGGCCUACGACAACUUGUUGUUAUCCUUCCUCAAAAGUCACACAGGCCGGAUCUACAUGAAGCCUUGGUGGCUGCUGGUGCUCAAUUUCCUUGCCCAGUAUGUCGUUGUGUAUCUGUUGUGGCAGAAGAUUAACGGAUCUGAGCGGGAUGCGGACGUGGUCCUGCUCGACCGCUUUGGGGGCCAAGGAACUAGCUUGUGCUUCGAGGUGACGGCUGGCGUUGGGCCCUUCAAUCCUGGACGAUCAGGCUUGAGUUGCUCCUCCGAUGAGGUCGUGCUGCUGACUAAUUUCAGCAUGCUGGACUUGGACGGGGAUGGACAUUGGACUUAUGACGAGGCUGAGCGACUGGACGCCCAAUAUGCAAGCGCGACCAGGCGCCAUGUCGAUAUGUCUUUGGUGUAUCAAAGGGUCUUCAAAGCCUUCUCAGCAAAUGCUGACGGCCUGGUUCUGCCGUGUGAAAUCAACGAUACGCUUCAAGCGUUCUGGAAAGAAGACGGCUUCUGGUAUGAUGCACGGCUUGAAGCACUCGAUAGUAGCGAAUAUGCCCUGGUGUGGUACUUCGAUGACAACGGUACAUCUUACGUCAAGAAGAGUGAGCUGCGUAAGACGGAGGGCGACUCGUUUUUCAAGUGCAGUUUGCCGAAGUGCAUUGACACGGAUGCGGGGGCCCUCGACUCUGACGGGUCCACUUGCAUAGAUUAUGAGACCUUCUUCGGUGAAUGUGGCGAGGGCCGCUACGACGAUGCAGACUUCCAUGUAGACAAGCUUUGCUGUCUGUGUGGGGGCGGCACGACGAGUCUGACGCUGGCUGGAAUUGGCCAUUUGCCUGUCAACGUGUCCAUGGACCAGAUGACACAGCCUCCGCAGCCAGGGCAGCCAGAGUCGGGGUAUAGGAGCUGUGUCCAAGAAGCGCAAAGCAGCCAAAGUCAGGCAGCCUGCAUUCGGGAAUUCACUUUCUUCCCCAAGGCCUUAUAUGAGAGAGAGCUCGCACCAUUCGUUGCCUUUUGCCUCUUGCCGGACCCAGAUCUUUGUGGCGGUGUGGAAGGCGAUAAGUUCCCGAUCUAUUGGAACAACUCGAGACCUUUCUCCAAGCCUGUGCUGUUCCAAGAAUUGGGCAUCGAUUGGCUGGGCGACAUCAACACUGUGGAGAUAUGCAGACGAACCGUUACGUCUUUCUGCCCCAAGCUGUUCACGAUCCAAACUAACCAUUUCAAGGAGGAAAGGAACGAUGUUUGCGGGGCCAAGUCAAGCCGAAUCGAAGGCAAGAGGAGGACCGUGGCCUACGAGGCCAGCACGCUGUUCAAUGACCCGAAGUUCGGCCUCACCUCCAUGAAGUUUCGCAUGUUCCUGCUGCUGAUUGUGUUCCUUUGGGGUCUGGCGGCGGUGGAAGAAACCCGCCUCAUCCUGAUUUGGUGGAACGUGCUUCUGACUCUUCCAACCCGACAAAAGGGCGAGCAUUGUCUCAUGGGAAAGGUGGAAGAUGAGCACGGCGAGGACGAAUUGGAGGUAUGUGGCAUCCAUCGUCGCAGCCGCAUCAUAAAUAUCUUGUUGAACCUGGGCCCGCGGUCGGUGCUGCAAUGCUUGAUCUUUUAUGUUGGAAUCAAGUAUCUCUUAUCGGUCCGGAACGUCUCUGACUUGAUCCUGAACAGCCUGGCAUUGACCUUCCUUGUCACGGUGGAUGAGAUGCUCUUCGAGGCUUUCGCUUCCGAGACAGAUGCAGCACUUCUCCGGAGAUGCAAGCCGAUUCACGGCUGGUCCAUUGCCUUCGUGGACCGGAUUCUGAAGCGGACACGUUCGACGGUAGGUCUAUGGAUCUUCACCCCGAUCUUGAUCGUAAUCUGCUUCUUCGUGAUCGAAGAUUCAGCAGACACCGUGAAAAAGGCACGUGCCACCUUCUGUCUUUGUGACAUCCUGGGCGAGGACCUGUGGAUGCACCGGGACGUCCCAGUACAGGGCAGGUGGGCCAUGGCGCAAGAGAAGAAAGUGAUGAGAAGCCCCAGGAUCCCACGGAGCCCGAAGAUACCAAAAGUGAAGAGCCCGAAGAUCCGGGUCCGCGACACGACAGCUGCCAAGGCAAAGGUCAAGAAGGACCACAAGGAGAAGCCAAAAACAGGCGGUAGAAGCAAGGAGAAGAGGCUCCUUUCUCUGAACCGGAAAAUCUUUCUUGCGAUCCGCUGUGUCGUCCCUGGCGAAUCUACUGUUUCCAGCACGGGCAUCUGCGUGGAGGAGAAGGCCAUUCUCCGAGAUGUUCUGGACUGCUGGGCGUCUGGAAUCUUUGGCGGCUCUCCGUUGCCGAAGGAGGACCCGCGCCAUUUGGCAGACAAGACUGUGAGGGCGAGGGUCGCGCCGAAGAACCUGCACACCAUCAGGAAAGAUAUCUUCCGGGCAAAGCUUGGGCUCGAUGUCGAGGAAGCCAAGUGGAGCAAGAAGGAGGAGGAGCAGCUGGCUGAUGUCGUCCGACAGCAGCUCAUAGAGGAAGUCUUCCGGGAGGGAUACAGAGAAAGGAUGCAGACGAUGACCCCGCGCGAGCGGGGCGAAUGGUUCAUGCAACAGCAACAAGAGCUGACAACGGCGCUUACGAAGGAGUGGGUGGGGCUCUACGAGGACCUGCAAAGGGGGAAGUUCAAGAAGGAGGAGGACCUGCAGCUUCUGAAGCUUUCGACUCAGCACAAAGGAUACAACUGGGACCAGAUCGCGACAAAGGCUUUCCUGACCCGAAGUCCCUGGCGUUGUUUCUGCCGAUACCAGCAGUCGUUGCACAACACCAUCCAGACGUCGUUCUGGAGCCGGCAGGACAUGCGAAAGUUCUUUGAGUAUGCGGAGGAGAUCGGCUAUGCGGUCGACGGCGAUGACAAGGAGAGGUGCCAAUGGUCCAUUGUCAACGCCCGACUUGGUCCCGGUCGUACCACUCUUCAGUGCUCCAACCUUGUCAGGAAGAUAAAGGCAAAAGACACCCUGAGAGGAGAUGCCCGUGGCACAUAUCACCAAGAGAGGGGUGCCUGGACGGAAUUGCAGUGCAGAUGUCUGACGGUGGCGAUGUGCAUCUUCGGUUGGGAUUGCAACGAGUUCAAAGUUGUGGCGCAGCACGUGCCAAAUCGAAUCGGUGUGGAAGUGGUGUCGCGGUGGAAGUUCUACCAGGACCCGCGCUUGCGCAUGGGGCCUUUCAGCAAGGAAGAGGAUCAGGUCAUCCUGGAUUGGGUGGCGGAGCACCAAAGAUGUGAGUUCUGGGUCAUGAGCCUGGGGCUGAAGAACCGCACCCACCACCAGAUCAAGGCCCGAUUCCGCGAGCUUUGCCCGGAGGAGAGCAACCUCCUGGACCUCAUGAAUGCUACCAGGGCUGCCGUGAUGCCCUUUGGACACAAGUGGCGGGACCGCCGGCGGCCACGCUCGGAGCUUUCAGCAGGCGACUUCCUGAUGCAUCUCAAGGAGGACGAGUCCGGAAGGCUGACGACGGAUGACAAGCGGGCGGACCGGCAUCUCAACCGCAUCAACGAGAUGAGGUUGAAGAUGAUGCAGCAAGCUCAAAUCGGCUUUGAAGGCACGGAACCGGAGCCGGUCCAAGACAUCGCGGUCACUUCGAAGCGCCAGCGAGUAUCAAGGAAGCAGGCCGAAGCUGUGCCAGCCCCGGUGGCUGAGAAACCCGGGCAAGGGGAGACGAAGGAGGAGGAGGAGCAGGAGGAGGAGGUGCCCGAGGUUGCUGGUGACGUUUCUGACCCGUCUGACGACGACGUGCGUGUCUUCGUGCGUCCAAAGGCCGCAGCUCAGGAGAAACGCUUUAGACCGACCUGCGCCUCACGGGCCAAAGAGCCUCGGCUGCGAUCGAAGCGGCUCAAACUGGCCAAAGGCCGAGCCAAGCGGAAGGCGACCCAACCCCCUGAGAUGGUCUAG